AUGGGUAAAUUUUGUGGAAAACGUAUAAGCUUUUUAAGAUACUUAUCAGUGAAAGUAGCUGCAACUGCAACUGCAACUGUUAACUUUUGGUUGGGUGACACUGUCACCAAAUCGUGUCCUUUCUUCCUGGCAUCGGGCGUGUUCCUCUUGCUCAGCUUCAUCGUUUUCCUCAUACCGACCUGCUCGCAUCAGAACAAUUUAUAUUACUUCAGUGCCGGCAUCAUGUUCAUUGUUUCAGGAUUACUGAUGCUAAUCGGGCUUAUUGCUUACAUAUCCAUAUUGAAAGCAGAAAUAGGGUCAAAGCUGAGACCAAGGUCAACUUUACAACCGGCACUUUUUAAGGUCACCUACGGUCAAAGUUUCUUCUUAUUUGUUUUUGGCUUUAUUGCAACCGAAUUUGUGGGACUUUUGAACAUUUUCUUAUACAUCAGCUUACAGGAAAUCGGUUACUAUAGUCGGUUACCAUGCUUAACUAUAUCGAACUUGCAUGAAAAAAUUAAGGAAGGUGAAAACCCACGCAGUCAUUCCUACAAAAGUUAUAAGCAGGUAACAGAGCAAAAACAGCAACAAAAACGAGCUCAAAACCACAGCCAACGUCGUACAAUAAAUGGACUGAUGCUGCCUCCGAUACCACCAUCUGAAAUGGAUUCGGAGGGCAAAAAAUUUCUCCAGCAAAUCGGCAGCUAUGCUUGUCGUAAGCAUCCAAACGUAACUGGUUCGAACUUAUAUCUAAAUAAUGAUACAGAUCAAAGAUACUAUUUUGAAAAGCCACCGUCAUUAAAGUGCAAUUUGCACUCAAAAAACCUUGCCAAAUCACUGAAUGAACUAUAUACUGAACCAGCGCCACCUGUAGGACCACCACCGCCUCCAUCGACUAUUAAAGUGGGCGCUCGACAAACGUUUCCACGUUAUUCACAACAACAACAACAACAUCAAUAUCAACAUCAGCAGCAAACACAAUUCGGAGAAUUGCCACAAGAGUUUCCUUUGACUCGCAGUAUAUCUACUACAACGGACAUAUUUACAAACGCCAGCGCACAAGGCAACAAAGGCAACGGCAAUGGAAGCAGUAACGCUUGCAUCUCACGUGGUACUGCCACACCAAAUAUUGAACGAAAAAAUCGUCGCAAUAUGGCCACAAACACUAAUACGCACAACACUGAGACGCAAUUGAAGGAAAAUGAGAGAAAAAAUGUCGCCAUUAGACGCCACACAACCGACACUGUUGAUGAUAUGCUCGAUGAGGAGCCGCACCGCUUGUGUGGCCUCAAACGCGGUAUACGCAAAACCAAAGAUGAACUCUUUCAGGAGUUCUGCAAACGCGCUGGCAUGCGUCCAAAGCCUAAGAAUAUAUAUUAUAUUGAAAAUGAGGAAAAUGACUUGCCUGAAGUGGAUGAUGAUGAAAAUGAUGAUGAUGGUGUAGAUAACCAGAAUGGUUUUCACCAAUUACACGAGGAUGAAGAUGAAAUUUAUGUUGUUGAUGAUGUAAGAGACUUGCAAAGUAAUCCCAUGCGUAAUAUGCGACGAGCUUCAAUGUACGUCGAACCAACUCAUUUGCGUAAGCUCAACUCUAAUCUAUCACUUCACAUACUACAGCCACCAGAAAAGUUCAUGCAGAAAAGUCUCUUCGAUUUGGAACGUAGUGAUUCCACAAACGAUAUGUCUACACAUUAUCCAGAAUUUUACUACAACAAAAGUCCUUAUGGUGGAUCACAGAACCGUCUACACCAUGACUAUAAUCCACAAAUUUAUCAAAGUCGUACACUACCACGUUCAUUCUUGAAAAAAACUACUGGAUCACAGGAUAGCCUUGGUUCAGCAUCACUACAUGCCAGUGCAACGGCACUCCACAAUGCAUAUAGCGCCAGCCAAAAUCGUUUAACAAAUCUAAUGCUACAACAUCAACAACAAUUGCAACAACAAAAUCGUUUCCUUUCAAUGGCCACGCAUAAAUCUUGUGAAGAUCUCAACUCGAAUUACCCACAAGCACCAAUCAAUGUAGCUUAUGCGACAACAGCACGUGCCCAGCAGCAACUACAACAAACAAGCAUCAACAGCAACAACAACAAUAAUAACAACAGCAUCAAUAAUAAUAAUAAUAGCAAUAAUACACUGCAACAACCGACUGUGCAGUGGCCAGCAGCAAUUCCUUCGUCACCAUCCAAUUUUCCUAAUAAAUACCAAAUUUAUGCGCCCGUCAGUAAUAAUCCACUAGCAACGCACUUGCCCCACAGCUUAGUGACACGUUCGGUAAGUGGUGGCGCUGCAACGACAAUUGGCAGUGCUCCACCGAAAUUUCAACGUGGCUACGCCUUUGAUGAACAACGCCGCGCGAGUGCAAUCACAACUGAUGCUUUCGACUUGGAUGAAAUCGAGCGUGAGCGGCGUCGUUCCCAUGCCAGUCUUUUCGGUGGUAUGAACGGUAUCUUGAACGGUGGCAGCAAUGUCAGUGCAGAGCAUUAUGACUUGAUUAAUGGCACUGCGGUCUAGGAAUGAGCACAAAAUGUGACUUAAGAAAAACCAUCAGCUCCGUAAUAAGCCACACCAGUG